CGCCGCCGCCACCGCCGCCAUGGCCAUGAGGCAGACGCCGCUCACUUGCUCGGGCCACACGCGGCCCGUGGUGGAUUUGGCCUUCAGCGGCAUCACGCCUUACGGCUACUUUCUGAUCAGCGCUUGCAAAGAUGGCAAACCUAUGCUCCGCCAGGGAGAUACCGGAGACUGGAUUGGAACAUUUUUGGGUCAUAAAGGUGCUGUUUGGGGUGCAACAUUGAAUAAGGAUGCUACCAAAGCUGCUACAGCAGCUGCAGACUUCACAGCCAAAGUGUGGGAUGCUGUCUCAGGAGAUGAGUUGAUGACCCUGGCUCAUAAGCACAUUGUCAAGACUGUGGAUUUCACACAGGAUAGCAAUUACCUGCUAACUGGGGGACAGGAUAAACUGCUGCGCAUAUAUGACUUGAACAAACCUGAAGCAGAACCUAAGGAAAUCAGUGGUCACACUUCCGGUAUUAAAAAGGCUCUGUGGUGCAGUGAAGAUAAACAGAUCCUUUCAGCUGAUGAUAAAAAUAUGUCUGUUAGCAGCAUGGAAUAUAUUCCUGAAGGAGAGAUCUUGGUUAUUACUUAUGGACGAUCUAUUGCUUUUCAUAGUGCAGUAAGUCUGGAGCCAAUUAAAUCCUUUGAAGCUCCUGCGACCAUCAAUUCUGCGUCUCUUCACCCAGAGAAGGAAUUUCUCGUUGCGGGUGGAGAAGACUUUAAACUGUAUAAGUAUGAUUAUAACAGCGGAGAAGAAUUAGAAUCCUACAAAGGUCACUUUGGUCCCAUUCACUGUGUGAGAUUCAGUCCUGAUGGUGAACUCUAUGCCAGCGGUUCUGAAGAUGGGACAUUGAGAUUGUGGCAAACUGUGGUAGGGAAGACCUAUGGCCUGUGGAAAUGUGUGCUUCCUGAGGAAGACAGCGGGGAACUGGCAAAGCCAAAGAUUGGAUUUCCAGAAACAGCAGAGGAAGAGCUGGAAGAAAUUGCUUCAGAGAAUUCAGAUUCCAUCUAUUCAUCAACUCCUGAAGUUAAGGCCUGAGCAUCAUACGUGUGCUGCAGAAACCAUAUGUUCAUGGACUGAACAAGCAGAGACAAGCAUCCGCCUUCAGAGUUAUUCUCUGCCUGUGGCAAAGAGGGCAGAAAAUAUUGGGGCAUAUGUGUUAGCUCCAGUGCACGAACAACUAACUACUCAGUGUUGCCUGUGAGUGAAAAUGGCUGAGUGUAUGAGGCGCAGGCAGGGGGAUUGUGUUUACCUAGUGCCAUAGCCUGCUGUCUGGAAUGAAAAGCCAACUUACAAUUUCCAUUUUACACCUAAAUUUCUUGUAGCUGUUUAUGUUAUGGAGAAGAAAAAUAUAUUGGCCUAUUUUUUUUGACUUUUCCCUUAAAGAAGAAUGCCUUUUUUUCUCUUUGCUUAGUUAUGAAGAGGAGGAAAUACAUGAUAAAGUAACUGGUUUGAUCCCUUUCAUUGUACACGGACUGCUUCAGAACAGCUAAUAUUUUUAGUUAUCUAAAUAAAAUGCCUCUAAAAUAAUAAUUUUUCUGGUUUUUUUUUUUUUUUUUUGGGAAAAUCUGAUACAUUUGAAUACUAAAACUAACUAUUCAGAGUUUUCUAUAUCAUACACAGCCAGCCAUAGCAAAAGACAGUUUGGUUACAUGAACUAAUAAUAAUAAACAUUUCCUAAUUUUGAAAUUCAAUUAUUUAAACUUGAAAUUUUCAUGUCUGUUUUUGGGUGUUUAUUUCCUUCCGGAUGGAUACAGUUGCUCUUCUUGUCUCUUUAAACAUGCAUGUUAGUUACCAAGACAGAAAACCACGUAGGGAGAGCAAGUAAAGAAGUUGAACUCUCAGUUGUUCUGAAAAACUGCUGUAUGCAGUCUAACAUCUGCUCGGUUGUACAAAUAGCCACAUGAUUAAAUGAAUCUGGGUUAAUCAUUUUAAGUAUUUAUAAUAUAUCAGACUUUAUCACAUUUAAACAUCAAAAAGUCAACCUUUAAUACAUUGGAUAAUAAAUUUGUAAUUUACUUAUUUUAUAAUAUGAAGAGAUUAAAUUAGUAAUUUGGAAAUACAGAUGAACAGCUUGUAUUAAUUUGCUUUCUUGUAAUUUUAUCUUUUGAGUGACCUUUAAUACUUUGAUUAGAAGAAAGUUUUGACUAGUUUGUGACAACCAGAAGUCGGCGGCACUACAUGUAGUGCCUGGGAGAGCCAGGGGAAGCCUGUCACAGACCUGUGUCCAUGUUUAGCAUGCUUGGUUUUCUGCUCCGUAGCCGUAUUGUUAAUGUAUCACGAACAGACUGAGAGUCUGACCCUAAAUAAAAUUGAAUGCAUCUUUUGUAACGGAAGUCGCUUGGAUUCCUGAAGUUGAUAA